AUGCUGGAUAAAUUUGAAGAAAUUGCAGUUCUUGAUGAGUUCAAGGAAACAGAGGAAAAAGGAUUUGUUGGAUUGAUCAAGUCACAAAAAAACAAGGCAUCAGAAAGUGUCAAGCUAAAGGCUUUGAUAUCUUGGAUAAAAUACGAGCAAAGAAAUCGCAAAAAACUUCUGAAGAAAUUGAACAACUACAUUGAUUUGCAUAAAGUACCGGUGACUUAUAGAAGAUUCCUUGUUGAAAACGAGCCAAUGGUGAAGUCAUGCCAUGAAUGCUAUCAGACUCUAUGCAUAUCUAUGCUGGACAGCUUAAACGUUUGUGCUUCAGAUGUUCCUUCUGCUGAGAACAUAAAACAAGAAGGAAAAGAAGCAAUCGCAGUGUUCGAUAAAAACUCAAAGAGCCUUCAAUGCUUUAAUCUUCAGAAUAAUUCUUGGACAAAAAUGCAGAACAUGCCUGGAUCAGGAAUUAACUUUUCUGCUGCUUCUCUUGGUGACUACAUUUAUGUUCUCAUGAAAGAUCAACUUGUUCAUCGACUGAAAUACUCAGAUCAUGAAGCUACUUGGGAGAGAAUGAAUGAUAUGCUGUAUAAGCAUGGGACGUGUCCUACUGUUGCUGUUUUAUCUGGAAACCUCUACGUUGUUGGUUCUUCCGGUGCUUACUCAAGUUACUCAAAAUCAGUUGAAAAGUUCGAGCCAUCAAGCAACAAAUGGGAAAAAGUAAAAGACAAAAAUCUCAACAGUCGUAAUUCAACAGCGCUGGGUGCUGAAGGUUGUAUAUACAGCAUUGGUGGAGUAGUAUCACGUCGUUCGACCAACCAAGUAGGAAGAUUUGACCCAACAUCAUCAACUUGGUCAUGUGUUGCAUCCAUGAAUAAAGCAAAUGGAUGGGUCGCAGCUGUUGAAAAUGACGGGAAAAUAUAUGUUCUAGGUGGAGCUACACACAAUAACUUGUCAACUGUUGAACGAUAUGAUAUUUCAACGAACGUGUGGUCCACGGUAACUCCCAUGUUAAGGAGGCGGAGCUGGUUCAGUGCUUUUGUGAUUGAUUCAAAUAUUUAUGCAAUUGGAGGAAGGAACAGUUCACCAGGAAGCAUGGAGAAGUUUGAUUUCAAGAAAAAUCAAUGGGAGAUGAUUGACACGAAGAACAUGAAUCUGGCGAUACUCGAUGCAGUGAAGAUUAAUUUGAAGUGAUUUGAUUGUAUAUGACAGAGAACACAGUUCCUUGUGUUACCAUUUAAGGACAUACUAUUUAGUAGUUUAUGUUUGUUUUCUUACUAUUAUGGAAUUGUAUGAUAGAUAUUUGACAUUUAAUAGGUGCUCGUGUUACCACUGAGUAAAUUUUUUAAACUUCUAUAAUGAUUUCUUGCAUUACUUACCGUCAAUAAUUUAAAUAGUUUUCUUAAAUGUAAUUACUCAAUGACAUUGCCUAGAAACUUCAACUCACUGGACAUAGCUAUGUUUACUACUGAUGUGAAGAAAUUUUUUCAAAUGAUUUGUUUGUGUUAUUAAAUACCCUAUAUUUGUUUGUAGCAUUUUUUUAUGUGAAUUCCGAUUAUGACAGUGUGUAGUCGGACAGAAUUGAUGCCCAUAUAAAAAAAGAUUGUUGGUUGAUGGACAUUCUGACUCCUGCUCUCAACGACAGGAAAACAGAGUUUAUAAAUCUUACAUUGGCCUCGACUCCUCAGCCUUGAUUUGGCUUGCCUAUCAUUUAAAGUUAAUUUUUAGCAAAUUGGAGUGGGAUUCUAUAUCCUUGUUAUACAAAAUUUGUCACCAAAUAUCAUAAAUCAUUGGAAGCGAGUGUUAUAUACAGUCAGUGGCCAGUGAAAAUUAAAUUAUUAAUCCCAUUCAGUUUUUAAUGCCAUUGGAUAUUAUCUGGAUAUGAAAUAUUGUCUUGUGCAUUCUUCAAGCGGUUUCUUCUUCAAUUGAAUUCAAAUAUAAUUUCUUGAUUAAAAUUCGUGAAUGAAUUGCAAUUUAUAAAUUAGCAGAUGCCUUUUCCGCACAAUAUAAUAUAUUCAAUAUAGUUUUACUUUAAACAAACCUUUUCCAGUGCUUUUUGCAAAAUACUUAUACAAUAAAUUGCAU